UAUUAAAGUGCAUUUCACGACAACUGUUGAUUUCGUUUCAAGAAACGGCGACCCCCAAGAAACUAACAUGUCGACUAAACCGAAAAGUUAUUUUCAUUUUGAUGCACACACGUGUGUGAUUGUUUUGUGUUUUAUGUGACUUUGACGAUGCUGCAUAUAGACUAUGCUGAGUGCUGCUUAGGAAAAAUAUAUUGAUAAAAAUAAUUGAAAAGCGACAAUCUUGGUAUUGGAACUCUUCGAAGAUCAUUUACAUAGUUAUUGAAAUGAUUCCAGCAGUAUUUAGCGAGCGUAUAUGAAUGUUGCCAGGAUGUUUUUGGCUGUUAUAAUAGCUUCAUUUGUCGUGGGCGUGGCUGUGACUCUUAUUGGCCAGUGGGUAAUAUUUCGUAAAUGGCUUUCCUACCAGCCAAAACUCUUCCCUCCAUACAAAGACCAGCAUGAGAAGGUUCAACUCCCAAAGAGCUUUUCAGAAAAUUUGUCAGAAUUUCAAGGACUGUCAUCAGGGAGAAAAGAUGGUCUUGUCAACACCGAAAAAAAAAUGAAAGACAAAAGUUUGCUAUUAAAUGUUCUCACACAUUUUUUGUUUGCUGAGCUAAAAGACACUGCCAGAAUUAGAAGAUGGGUAGCAAAGAAGCUGAAUGUAGAAUUUGCAGACAUGCUGGCAUCAAACACUGGCAAGUGGAUGAAUCAAAUUCAGGUGAGAGAUUUUAACCUUGGAAGCAAUUUCCCAACAGUCAAAGACUUUGAGCUGAAAAAAGUUGAGAUGUCCAAUGAUAAAGAUGUAAUACAGAACUUGGACAUUUCUCUCGACAUCCUGUACGACGGUGGCUUUCAGAUAACACUUGACGUAGACGUGAUAUUCGGUGCCUGGGCAUACCUCUCCAUACAUGUCACCCACUUGUCGGGCAGGGCCAGACUGCAACUUUCCAGGAUCCCAUUUACUCAUUGGUCGUUUUCUUUUUAUGAGGAACCUAAAAUGGAAUUCCAAGUUGACUCAAGAUUUAAUGGGAGACCAAUACCACAAAUAUCAUCUUUGAUUGUAAACCAGCUAAAAAGAACCAUCAGAAAAAAGCAUGUUUUACCAGCAUAUAAAAUGAGGUUUAAACCAUUGUUCCUGCCAUGGGAAGAGCCAUCUCUAAAUCCAGAAAUGUGUUUCCGUGGUAGAAAGCUGAGUCAAGGGCAGCUGUCAGUCAAGGUGCUCAAGUGCAGCCGACUGCAGCCAUUACCACCUGACAGCAAGCUGUUUUGUACUGUGUCAGUUGAUAAAGAGAAAAUUGAGGACGUAUGGAAGCACAGCUGGCAAACUCUCACCCUUACCAUUCAACCGAGGGCAAAUGUGCCCCUGGGACUGACUCUCAAAGAGCAAUUCUCUGGAGAGAAGACAGAGAAAAAGCGAGUUGUGACAGACAAAGUCACCCCUGAUAGCCCUGCGGCACAAGCUGGCCUUUGUAAGGGUGACAUCAUUGAGUUCAUAUGCAAUGUGCGGGUCCUGUCAAUUCGCCACGCCACAAAACAGAUGAAGACUGCCACCGAAAAUCUAGUGUUGACCGUCCGACGUAAUAGACGCUUGAAUGACGUGAUUGAUGAAGAGGAGCAGCCAAAUGUGAAUGAGGUCCUAGAUUUUGAGAUUGAAGUAGCAGAAACAAAUGUGGACAGCAAGGAUGAUUCCAGUGAAUUUGUUAACAUUAACUUGAAGGAGUCUUCAAAACCACAAUUCCAGCUGGAGAACCCAAUGCCCCCAAACAAUACCAUGCCAGCUAAAUCUGAAUCUCCAAAACUGAGCAAUAAACUUACCCAAAAGUUGCAGUUGGAAAAGAAGAAACUCUUCAGUCAGAGUAGUGACAGGCCAGAGAGCUUACAUGAAGCGGACAUUGCUAGGGGAAACUCUAGGGAAUCUAUUUAUAGCCAUGAUGACAGCACUGAUGUGAGCAGCCAAUCAUCUGCAAGCAGUCUUCUUAAAGAUGGCUCUCAGUCAGCAAAGUCGUCCCCUCAGAAAAUUACAAAGGAUGGUAAACAGGCCAGGGCUAUGAGUGACACUAACAUUAGCAAGGUAUCAGAUGGGGAUAGUGUCAGCAUAUCCAGUGACAUUGGUAGUUAUGGCAACCAAGCACAGGAUCGCAGGAUAGGAGAGACAGCAACGAGGGAACUCCAGUUUUCAACGGAUCCUGAGUGGGGCGAAGAAUUUGAGUUUGACUGUAACAAGGAGGACCAAUACGUGAAUGUCUGCGUCUGGUGCAGGGUUCAGACCAACAGGAACAGCAAGCCACUCCCAGUCCCUGGUCGGGGGGAGGGCGGGGCUAAACUGACCCCACCCAAUGACGAACUGCCAUUCUACAAUGUGACCACCAAGAUUGGAUAUGCCAGUAUCCUACUGUCUGACGUUGCUGCCAGCUGUCUACUGACUCUACAGGGUGACGCCCAGUAUACUGUUUACCUCAAACCACCGGAGGAAAACAUCACCGCUUCAAGAGCCAAGAUUCCAUACAGCAGUCACCCAGGCUUUGAUCCUACAAUAUGCCAUGGGGACAUAACUCUGUCAUUUGUUCACAAACCAUUUGAAGUAGUUAGUAAAAUGGAGCGAAAAAUUAUUGUCAACAAUGUGUUGAACCCUCCAUUAGAAAGAAUGAGAGCACAAUCCCUUCCAAAAGUGACGAUAGAUGGUCAGCACAGUUUCCAUGUUGGUCAGUUUCCAUCUAACACACACUGUCAGUUUUGUGGCAAAAAGAUCUGGUUCAAGGGUGGACAGCAGUGUUACACAUGCAAGAUGAUAUGUCACAAGAAAUGUGUGGACAAGUGCAAGAUUCAGACCAAAUGUACAGGCGACGGCCCAGUGAUGUCUAGUAAGCCCAGUGAACCCUGGCUGGCCCCUGUACGGAGUGUGGCAAGUGUUGGGGCCAGUCUGGGAGAGUCUGAGAGGAAGGUCAGGGAGGGCAAGUCCCUCAUGGGGUCAGUGCAGGCCAAGGUCAAGGGGCUGAUUACCACCAGGGACCAGCAGUCUCUCCCAAUAAACAUUCCCAAUAAUGCCAUACCCAGCAGACUGACCUCUGGUGGGAGCCCCAGUAGAAGCCCAAAGAGGAGCCCCAGUCAGUUUGAGAGUGCUACAGACGGGCACAUGUCUGGCAUGAGGAGAAACCUGUCCAACAAGUCGCUUGAUGAUAAGGGAGGGUAUGACUCUGAGGAAGACGUGGGAGCCCGCUAUCGAUACCCGAACUUCAAUCUUGACGACAACGUUGUGUUACAGGCCAAGGAGAAAGGAAAGGCACUCUACUCAGACCUGCCCCUGCACGAGCGCAGGCAAACACUUGACAAUAUGAUUACCAAGCUCCAAGGUCAAAUUGAUGAGAACUCUGAGGCUAAAUCUGAAUUGCUGAAGAGCUUGAGUGAAACAUCUGAACUUGAGCAGAGGAGGAACCUUUCCAAAAGACUGGAGAAGUCAGAAGAGAAACUGGAGGCUCUGAUGAUGAUGAUGGUGCACUACUGUGCUGGCAUGCAACACUGCCUAGAUCAAGAGGAGGCCCAUAAAAGGUUGCAGGUCCUGACAUUGGAUACAAUAGAAGACUCAGAAGAUGUUGGGAUAGAGUUUGACAUGCAAGAUGUACCCUUAACCUUAACGGAGUUCUCAAAUAGAGACUCCAAGAUGGAAUGAAUUAUGGGUAAAAGUGAAUUAUGGCUGCCAUCUUUGUUCUCUGAUUUUUUUUGUCAUAUCUGUGAUUCAAUUAAUUGUUUGUUUUCUAUCACACUUGUUACUUGAUAUAAACUUUAG